ACACACACACACAUACUCAUACACACAUGUGAACCGCUCCAUAAAACAGUCUGAGUUGUCCUUAGACAUGCCACUGAAAUCCAAGCCAGAAACUAUGGAAGAUACCAUCUGCAGGGGCAGGUGGGUUUGGGUGUAACUACUUUCCCAACCCUCUGCUGCUGCUGCUUCUCUUCUCUAACCCUUUCCAGGCAAAGGUAACAAACACCUUGGCUUACUGUUAGAGCAAGUGAAUGCGCAUUGCCUCGACAUUAGUUUUAUUUUUAUAUACCCUAAGUUUUCUUUCCAAAGGUUAUAUUAUUAUAUAUAUAAAUUUUUUUAAUCUAUUUGCGUUUUUAAUAAAUCAAUGCACUCACAUAUCUACGCGCAUUGACUUUAGUAUCUAUCAGUAUAUAGAUUAUAUAGCCCAAUAAAUUAAGUAUUUGUAUUUGAAUCGAUAUCAAUUUUCUGUUACCUGAGGGUAAGACAAGAGCUACAGUCAAUAGGUUUUGUAUAGACAGAAACAAUGGAAAUGCUCAUAUUUUCUGCUUAACUUGAUGUACAGGGUAUCCAUUAGCCGAUCAAUUUCACUUAAACCACUUUUACUUAUUAUUGUUUCCAUUUUUGGGGUUUAGCUUUGCGCUUUUAUGUUUAGCGUAGUUAGAAGCCAGUCACAUUUGAGACGAGCUCACGUGCAGUUUUGCCAAAAAUAUAAUUCGGCUAACAGUCAGUCAGCUAGUUAGCCAGUCAGUCAGUUCGUCAGUCAGUGAAAAGCAUAGCAUAAUUGGUGGCGCCUGAUGAGUCGCAUGCAAGCCAUCACCGCCUCGGUGCGGACCACCAAUCGAAUGAAUGCGUUGCUCUCCGAAUCCAUGUUGAGUCGACGGCGAGCGCUGCAGAGCUCUGACCUGUUCGAAGGCGGUGGAGCUGCCGGUGGAAGUGGCGAGGGCGCCGAGCGUAAGGAGAAGCCGAAAAAUGAUUGGAAAUUCUUUCACACCAAUUUCAAUAUGGAACGUGCCCAUAAAAUCAUCGAGGAUUGCAUUGAGGAGCGUCUGCUGUGGGAUCGAUUCAGUCGCAAUUUCGACUCUUGGCGCGCGCUGCAGCUGGUCGAGAGUCUCGCGGCCGAGAUACGGGAUCGGGUCAAGAAGCUAAACCACAGGCGCCAUCGUAUCGUGUGUCUGCUCUCGAUUGUGGAGAAACAGAAUCAGGGCAUCUAUCAGCGAAUGUGCCAUCUGAUGGAUGAGAAGCGGGAUAAUUUUACGCAACUGGUUUACGAGCGGCCCACGUACUUCAUGAUUGUCGUCCUGUAUCUGGUCUAUCAGGACUAGAGGCCAGACGAACUUCUGAAAGCUUCCACAUAAAAAGCUUUAGCAUGUGCACAAACCAGUUGUGAAUUAAAUUAAUUUAAGGAGUAUUUCAUAAAAAUUAGCAGACUUUGCAUGUAGAAAAAUUGUAGAAAAACUAAAUUAUAUUAAGAAAACAGAAAAAAAUUUAUUAUAGUAGAUUUAAUCUACUGAAGGCCCCGGCGAGAUUCGAACUCACGAUCUCCUGUUUACUAGACAGGCGCUUUAACCAACUAAGCCACGGCGCCCCACUGGUUUCACUGGUAAAAAUAGACACCUUCAGGUAACUGAACUGCGCUCGAUUUCUAUUUAUAGCUGUCUACCUGAGAAGUCCAUUGUUUAAUUGAAUAUUUGUUCACAUGUUUUCGUUCCGUAAGAGAUAUAACAAAACACGAAGAUAGUAUAUUGAUGGAAAUAUGCGGUAGAGGGAAAGGGAGGGAUAGAGAUAUGUAUUGAUUUAUAUGUAUGUAUGUUGGCUGUGCUUAAGUACACUCAUAUCAAAUCUAUGAAGUUCUGAUUGGGCUAUGAGACUAGACUGAGUGAAAUAUUGUAUAAGAAUUUAAAUAAUUAUUAAGU